UGAAAAUUGAAAACGACCGUUGAAUUUGGUUGAAUAUUCAAAUAAAAAACUGACAUUUUUUAAACCACAAAUUUUACUUUUACUGCAAAAUAAUUUUAAAAGCAGCAAGAUUAUUAUAAUUCGUUGAAUGCACAUCGCAUAUUGUUACAUUGUCAACUUGAAGAAUGGCUCAGAAACCAACUUUAAAGGAAGAACAUGUUUCAAAUAAAGAAAAUGAUCCAAAAACUAUAGUGCAGGAAAAUACAAAAUAUUUUGAUGGUCAGAAAAAUAAAAAAACUAUAAAAGAUAAUGUACAUGAUAAGGAAAGUAAAGCGGAAAAUACUGGCAGACAAAACUCGGAUGGGACAGCUAAGCAAGAAAAACAGAAGUGGACGUUAGGAGAUUUCGAUAUUGGUAAACCUUUAGGAAAGGGCAAGUUUGGAAAUGUGUACUUAGCUCGUGAAAAGAGAUCUAAAUUUUUAGUUGCCUUAAAAGUUCUUUUUAAAACUGCGAUUAAAGAGUUUAAAAACGAACAUCAAGUUAGAAGGGAAAUUGAAAUUCAAAGUCAUUUAAGACAUCCUAAUAUUUUAAUAAUGUAUGGUUAUUUCCAUGAUGAGUCUAGAGUCUAUCUAAUUCUUGAAUAUGCACCUAAUGGAGCACUUUAUUCAAAAUUAUCAGCAAGUCCAUACAAAAGAUUUUCAGAAGAUAUUGCAGCUGUUUAUAUAGAACAAAUCGCAGAUGCACUAAGGUACUGUCAUACCAAAAAAAUUAUACACAGGGAUAUAAAACCUGAAAAUCUGCUUCUUGGUUCAAAAGGGGAAAUAAAAAUAGCAGACUUUGGUUGGUCAGUACAUGCUCCAUCUUCAAGAAGAUCAACUCUAUGUGGCACUUUAGAUUAUUUAUCUCCUGAAAUGGUAACAGGCAAAACACAUAAUGAAAAAGUAGAUCUGUGGAGUCUUGGGGUACUGUGUUAUGAAUUCCUUACCGGGCGUCCACCCUUUGAAUCCCAAAGUUACGAUGAAACAUACAGAAGGAUAAGUCGAGCCCAAUUUAUAGUACCAUCUUAUGUAUCAGUAGAAGCAGCCGAUCUCAUUAAAAAAUUGUUGGUUGUUAAACCAGAACUGAGGCCUGAAUUAGGCCAAGUUUUAACUCAUCCUUGGAUUUUGAAGUACAAAAAAAAUUAAGGAUAAAUUGUGAUGUUUUAUAGAAAAUGAUGACUAUAUCUGGUAUAGGUUUUGGCGGUAGCUAGUGGAAACAUUCAUACUUUAGUAAGUUUAAUUUUGGUGAAAUGGAAGGAGAGAGAAUAUUUCAAUAACAUGUUGGUAAUAGUUAGUAAUCCCAGUAAUUGCAAGACAUCUAUUUUAUACUUAUAUGGACGAUUAUUACCUUAUUAUCUAGAUUAAAAUAGGGAUUUGGCUAUUUUUGCAUACUAUUGGCUUAGGUUUUUAGGCCGCAAGGCUUCUCUUGGACCUCUUCUUCCUACUGUUGUUUCUUUGUAUCACAAGGUGCAAAGAGUUGUACUAUUCUGGAUGUUUCACUGUCUCUGCAAAAUAGGUUAGUUUUCUUGUUUUUUUUUUUUUUUCAUUCUAAUGAGAGUAGUUACAUUAUAUAUCCUGCCCAUACAACUAAUUUAGUAUUCUGAUAUUCAGUUUCAAAUUUAUACAUUAUCGACAUUUUGAUUGUUUACUAUUACCGUACCCUUUGUAGAUACUUCUAAAUCUGCUACACCUUCUCUAUCACAUUAUAAGUGUUUUCUAAUCGUAAAAGUUCUUUAUGUAAUUUUAUUCCAAAGUAAGUAUUAAAAAUAAUUUUUUAUCGGCUUCAAAAGUACCUAACAUUGAAAAAAAAAACUAUUUUGAUAAUAUUUUGAUUGAAAUAAGUUUGUAAAAAUCAAAGUUUAACUCUGCUCAAACCAGUCUUCAGAUAACAAGCUCAAACCAGUCAUUUAAUUCAUCAGAUAACAUAAAAAAAACACCAAAAAAUAUAUUUAUGUAAACUUUAGGGUUACUCGACCCCAGACUAAUUAGAUAUCACUGAUCGAAUCCAGAGAUUAACUUUUGGAUUAUUUGAAUAUCUUAGAUAUCCUAUCCCAUGCUUUCUCAAGAUCAAUUAUACUCCAUAAAAGACAGUUAUUGAUUGACUUUUUCCAUAACUACUUUCUAAUAAAAAUCGUAUCUGCUGAUAUUAAAUCUAAAUUGGUUCCUUUAUACUUCUCUUUUUUUUUCACUCAUUCUUCUGUUAGUUAUUCCUAAUAAUUGGUAAAUUACUGAAUGUCACCUUCGAUUUUUCAUAGUUUCGGAUAUUCAUAAUUGAAUGGCGGGUCGUAACAAUGGUUUAAGUGACAGAAUUGAGAUUAUACAAGAGAUGAAAAAAAUAUAUUGACAAGUGAUUUAUGAAAAAAAUAUUUUCUUGAGCAACGUGGAUUACUCCUUUUUUACAAAAACAUUGUUGUAAGAUUUUCUUAUCUAAGACGAUGUUUCUAUUUUACUCGUCCAAGUCAAAAUUCUCCGUUUCCGGAUCUUCUGCGAGGUCUGUUGACUGCUGUCGAACGCCCAGCUCAACGUAAAAGUCGUGAUAAACUAAAGGAAUAUAAGGCAUGAGUUCCCUUAAAUUUUUUAGCUUAUUUUCGUUAAGAGGUACAGAUGUGGUAUAUUUUGGAGGAAAAUCUCUUAGAUUUUUUAUUCGAUUUCCAUCUUUUACUCCUCGCUUUACAAUAUUGACCGAUUUAAACUCUUCAUUUAAAAAGUGUUUCACAAGCAUUGUGUUGGGUUCAUCCGCCUCAAAUCUAAAACAUCUAACUUGACUAGAACGUAAAGGUUCUUUUUCGUCUGUCGUCUGUUUUUUGUUAGUUGCCUUUGCAGCUCGUCAAAGGAAAUAAAAUCUUUUUGUUGCAUCUUGAUAACUUCAAAUGGAUUGGUUUUUUGGCUUUUCUUAUAACGUCGCACCAUUGAUUGGGAUGAUAGAUUUGUGCCGUAAAUUUCUUUUGC